AUGGUUAGGACCAGAGGAUUAGGUCGUGCCUUAGGUCACGUUACUGGAAGAGGUGUGGACCGAGGAGAUCGUGAUGAUUUUGAUGAUGCUCCGCAGCAUCAAUGGCCUACCGCAUCCGCACGGAGGCAGCGAAUCCCUGUGACUGCAGCGUAUUAUGAGCCAGUGGUCCCUAUGCCAGAUGUUGAGGCUGACGUAUUUUCGGAUGACCUGAUGGCACCAGCUGAUGUAGAGGACAUUGUGGCAGACAUUCUUGCAGACACAGGCACGCAGGCUGUUGAGGAUGAGCAUGAGGGAUUUCUGGGUGAUCCGAGCGACCCAUCCGUGCUGACCCAGUAUGUAGAUCACGUUGCUUGCAGCGAGCGUCCUGAGUUGAAGUUAUCCUCUCAAGGGAGGAAGGUCCAUAGUUUAGGCAGGCCUUUCCUUGCCAUUGAGGGACUAGUUGCUGGGAUAGGACUAAGUCCUCUGAUCGCGUGUUCGGUAGACACCGGUGAUCGGGGACUUUUGUCCUCAUUUAUCGAGCGGUGGCACCGGGAGACGUCUAGUUUCCAUCUCCCGAUGGGAGAGCUCACGAUCACAUUGGACGACGUCUCCUCGCUUCUGCAUCUGCCCGUGGUUGGUGACUUGCACGCCUUUCAGCCCUUACACGUGGAUGAUGCGGUUCAGAUGCUGGUGGACUUAUUGAUGGUCUCUGUAGAGUCUAUCAGGAGUGCAACUAAUGUGCAUGUUGUGAACUUAAAGGCCCUUCGUGACCUCAGUCAGACCAGGAGGUACGCAUGGGGAGUGGCUGCUCUGUGCUGGAUUUACGAGCAUUUUCCCUCAAUCGCGGAGUCCACUGCUAAUCAGGACUAUGAUGAGGACUCCCCGCAUGCGUGUAGUUGGAUUGCGACGAAGAAGACCAUGAAGAGCAUACAUACACCGGCGUACAGGGAGCACCUGGACCGACUCCGGAUUUCAGAUGUCUGUUGGAUCCCGUACGGGGAGCACCGACCGGUCCGGGACUUCCAUUUGAUAUCAUGCUAUUCCGGUCUCCUGCGCUGGGGGCCUGUUGCUGUUUAUUACCGACCAGAGAGGGUCGUGCGGCAGUUUGGAUACACGCAGACCAUUCCUGCUCCGCCUAUCAAUUCAUGGGUGUCGUAUGAUGAUAUACACGACAGGUGGAUGCACUACUCAGAUCAUAUGGUUCCAGCAUGUGAGGUGUGCACUGUGCCAGGUCAGUGUGCCAGUGACUACAUGGACUGGUUCUUCCGCAUCUUCCAUCCUUUCAUGACACCAGGCCACGCAUCAGAUCCUCUUCCAGAUGGUCAUACCCUGCAGUCCCGAGUCGUCCCUCAGGCCCCAUAG